AUGAUGUUAGUCGGCUCCCUUUGGAUCCUUUGGUUUCUCCUGGUGCGCAGGGUGACGGCAGGCGCUGAGUCAACCUCAGACCCUUGGCUCAGGCCUGGACAGAGUAUGACGGAGGAACAGGCGGUGAGCCAGGGUCAAUUCAAGUGUCUUCAGCUGUCCAACAAAGACCACCAAGAGAACAGAACUGGUGCGUUCUGUGGACGUAUUUGGGAUGGCUUCUUGUGCUGGGAUGAGACACGUGCCGGGACAUCUGUAACACAAUACUGUCCAGAUCACCCUGACCUGGACCCAACUGAAAAAGUGACCAAAUAUUGUGAUGAACGGGGGAACUGGGUCCAGGCUGGGUUCACGUGCAAGCCAGCUUCUGAGAACAAAUUAGAGAGGGAAGUCCUCCAUUUUUUAAGGGACGCUCCAGGAGAGCCCACCACAGACGCCACAGGGGUCAACACCGAAAAAGCCAGCGUUAUGGAAAUUAUCCUCGAGAAGGAAAAGAAAUGCUCAGAGAAAAUGAAGCAGGAUCCACCUUAUAGCAAACCAGGUCUGUACUGCAGCCGUAACUGGGAUGGCUGGCUGUGCUGGGACGACACUGCAGCGGGAACCUACGCCUCCCAAAACUGCCCUGAAUAUUUCAGCGACUUUGACCCCACAGAAAAGGCAGCAAAGUACUGUGCAGAGGAUGGUCAGUGGUUUCACCAUCCAGAGGCCAAGAGGAUUUGGACCAACUAUACACUCUGUGCAACCACCCAUGAGAAGAGGCUGAGGAAACUGAAAAUGCUUGAGAAUGAAUACAAAUGCCUCCUGAAAAUAAAUCGAGAUCCACCUUUUAACAAAUCAGGUCUGCACUGCAGUCGUAACUGGGAUGGCUGGUUGUGCUGGGACAACACUCAAGCAGGAACCUACGCCUCCCAAAACUGCCCUGAUUAUUUUUCUAACUUUGACCCGUCAGAAAAGGCAACUAAGUACUGUGGAGAAGACGGACAGUGGUUUCGCCAUCCAGAGAGCAGCAUGACUUGGACAAACUACACACUCUGUGCUGUCAACAGUAAGGAGAAGUUCAAGGCAGCCACACAGCCCUCAGGAGACGCUGAGGUAGAGCCCGCUGCCGAGGCCACGGUCAGUCCCAUAGUUAACCCAGAAGAGCAGGAAGUCGUGACUAAGAAAAUCCUCGACAGCCAGUACAAAUGCUUCGAGAAAAUGAAUCGAGAUCUACCGUACAACAAAUCAGGUCUGUACUGCAGCCGUAACUGGGAUGGCUGGCUGUGUUGGGACGAUACUCCAGCGGGGACCUACACCUCUCAAAACUGCCCCAAUUAUUUUGUCGACUUUGACCCCACAGAAAAGGCCACUAAGUACUGUGGGGAGGACGGGCAGUGGUUUCGCCACCCGGACACCAACAGGACUUGGUCCAACUACACUCUCUGCAAUGAAAACACUAGUGCAAAGUUGAAGUCAGCCUACAUCCUCUUUUACAUGGCAAUUGUGGGCCAUGCUUUGUCCAUAGCCUCCCUGCUCAUCUCUCUGGCCAUCUUCUUCUACUUCAGGAGUCUGAGCUGCCAAAGGAUCACACUGCACAAAAACCUCUUCUGCUCCUACGUGCUCAAUUCAGCCCUCACCAUCAUCUACCUCGUAGCAGUGGUCAAUAAUCCCAAAGUGGUGGCCAGAAACCCAGUUGGCUGUAAGGUGCUACACUUCUUCCACAUGUACAUGCUGGGCUGCAAUUAUUUCUGGAUGCUCUGUGAAGGCAUCUAUCUGCACACCCUCAUUGUGGUGGCUGUGUUUGCAGAGGAGCAACAUCUGCACUGGUACUACCUCCUGGGAUGGGGCUUUCCCCUAGUGCCUGCAUCCAUCCACGCCGUGGCAAGGAAAAAGUAUUUCGAUGACAACUGUUGGAUGAGUGUGGAAACCCAUCUGCUCUACGCGGUCCAUGGUCCUAUAGUGGCAGCGCUUCUUGUGAACCUCUUCUUCUUACUAAAUAUUAUAAGAGUGUUGGUGACCAAGUUAAGAGACACACACCGGGCAGAGUCCAACAUGUACAUGAAGGCGGUGAGAGCCACCCUGAUCCUGGUGCCCCUGCUUGGAAUACAAUUUGUCAUUUUCCCCUGGAGGCCGGAGAACCGGCUAGCUGGGGAGGUCUACGAGUACAUCAUGCACAUACUCAUGCACUACCAGGGAUUACUGGUGGCAACAAUAUUCUGCUUCUUCAACGGAGAGGUGCAGGCAGCUCUGAAGAGACAGUGGAUGCAGUAUAAAACCCAGUGGGGUCAGAGGCGAAAGGACCACUGCUCAAUGCGUUCAACGUCCUACACGGCCACCUCCAUCACCGAGGUGCCCGCCUUCAUGUACCACCACGACUGCAACAGCGAACACUUGAACGGGCGCCACGCGGAGGACUCUGAACUGGUGGCGUUAAAAUCAGGAGAGACGUACGCGUGA